AUGGCAACCGUAACCAAGUUCGAGAUGCUGACCAAACCCCUGGUGAAGAUCACUGAAAUGGACCACAUCGUUCUGCGCACCAACGAUGUUGAAGGUUCGCUGCGCUUCUAUACUGAGGUGCUGGGACUACAGGCCGAGCGAGUGGAGGAAUGGAGGGCUGGAGAAGUGCGCUUCCCGUCGGCGCGAAUAAACGCCGACACCAUCAUCGACUUUUUCGCCUCCGAAAACAUCCCGGCGAGCCGGGACGAUGCUCGGAAUCAGGACCACUUCUGCAUGGUUAUCGACUACACCGAUAUGGAGGAACUGAAGGCUCACUUCGAAGACCUGGGCGUUGAGAUUCAGGCCGGGCCGGGCAAGCGUUGGGGUUCUCACGGCGACGGCAUUUCCCUGUACAUCUACGAUCCAGAUAACAACGUCGUAGAGCUGCGGCACUACUAA